CGUCUCUCUAUUCGUUAACUGAUCGUCCAACAUACACUCAACACAUCUACUAACCUACCUACCUACCUUCUUACAACCAGGACGUGCAUCUCAUGGCGAUCGUCCAUCGCUGGGCAUGGAAGAAAACGAUGAUGAAUUCUUCUCCGACGAUGGAUUCGACGACCUGCCACCGGGCACCCUCUACCAACUCGAACAAAAUGCAUACCGCGCCACUCAAGCUCCAGCUACCCAACAACAACCACAACAGCCCCUGCCGGAGUUGACGGUCUCGACUCGCCCUUAUGUCCGCUCCGAUCAUCAAGCUAUCUCCGGAGAUAAUCUCAAGCCUUCCAACGCGACGUUACAGCCUCCUCCGCGUUUACAUUCCGGCUUGACCAAUGAUUAUGACGACUGGGACAUAGGCGAGCUCGACGCGGAGGUCCUGGACAAUGGCGUCGCCAUCCAACCGGACGAUGCGCUCCAGCAAGCCUCUCUCUUUGCUACACCUGCCCAUCACAACGAAACGCAGCCUCACGUCGAGCAUGGUAACCUACGAGCCGAGGCGGAGGACGAGUAUGGAUACCUGCCCGAUCCCAUGGAGAUUGAAGGGGUAGGAGGGUCCUCUCAAUACGCUGAGCUGCACAGGACUCAUGCGGAACUGAGCGAGAAGCUGGCGAUGGAGAAUGAACGUUACAAGCAGUUACUAGAAGAGCUGACGGCAGCCAAAUCGAUCGCGGAAGCGAAAACCGGCGAGAUUGCCAUCAUUCGCGCCAACCAGGCCAAGGUCACUCAGGACUAUGAUCGACAGAUGACGGCACUGCGCAGGGCCAUGGCCGAGCAGGCCGCCAGGCACAGAGAAGAGGUUGAGGCUGCGCGUGCAGAGGGCAAGAUGCUCGCCACGGAGAACGCCUUCCUCAAACAGGAUUUGGCUGAGGAAGCGAUGCGCGUCAACCAACUGAAGGCAAAGCCUCGGACGGAGGAAAAAGCGCCGCCGGUGACUCCCAAGAAAACCAGGGUCCUGCCUUUCCGAGACGGAUUUGACGAUGAUGAGAUCCUCGCUAUCUCGCCUACCAAGUCGGCGAAGUCGAAGCGCACUACACCAACUGUGCCUGGAAAGAGAAAGAGGAAGCUCAGUCAGGACAGUCCCACGCCAUUGCAAUUGAGUCCGCAGGCAGAGCCCCUGCCGGACGAAGCACCGGAGGACUUGUCCGAUGAUGCAAUGGUGGAUGUCCUUCCCCAACAAGGUGUUCCUUUUGUCAGGAGCUACGACAGCAGCAUCGUGAAGCGUAUCUUGAAUCACCGCACAGUUGUGGAUGGAAAGCCUGACAUUGAAGUCAUGGCCGGGCUGGCCUUUCCCUCCGAUCCCCAGCAGAUGUUAUCUACGAUCCUACUGGGUGAGACGGCCAAGCUUGACUUUGGCAACUAUAUGGUGGAGUAUGGGCGGGCCAUCAUCUCAUUGUGGGGUCGGGCAUUGAGCGAGAAGUAUUAUCUGCCCAUCCCCAUGUUUAUGUCAAUCAUGGGAUUCCUGAUCUCGAUCGAUUUGCCAUCGUAUGAUCCGGACCUAAUUGAGCACUUGAUACCCAUCCUACAGGAGUCCGGGGAUGUCAACGGUGUUCCCCGCUUCAAACAUUCUCCUGUUUCUCGACAAAACUUGGGCCAGGUACGGAAAACCCCGUUGUCGCAGUUGGAACCAUUAGUAGAUUCGACCGAAGCGUUGAGUCUUCUAUUCCAACUGGCCUGUCGACGCAUGCAUGUGGAGCGGGAGAUGACGAUGUUUUGGCGCUGCAUGCGAUACGACUUUGUUUUGAUGAUGUUAAACUGCUCGCAGCCGCUAAGAGACAUCAGCUUGAUGCUUAGCCUGCUGUCGACGAGCAUCCGAGAAGGCUCGUUCGGAUCCAUCCAAAGUACCGAGCAGGACCAAAUCGCCAACGAGAACUACAUCGUUGACCGCGUUGCGAACCUGCUAAGCGAGACUCCGCAGCUGGAUGAAGGGCAAGAUCCGUAUCUACCAUAUGAGAUCUGCGAUAUGCGGCGGGAGGCUUUGUCCUUCCUCACCUCGGUGGCGUUCAAUUCUCAGGCGCCGGAGAGCACACACGGCAGCUUGAUUCUGGCGUCUCAUCCCACUGUGCUCGCACGACUGAUCCGGGCCAUGCACGAUGAGGUGCACGCGUUAUAUACCCUACCGCCCGAAAAGGAUCUCCACGCGUCCAUGAUCAAUGGGUUGAUGAGGCUUGUGUACGGGGUGAUCCAGCGCCACCAUGAGCAGGUGGACCUGCAGGCCAAGUUGUGUCGCGUGGCGGGCGGGAAACAGAAGUUCCUGGUUGUCUUCACCCGGCUGGCGUUCAGUGAAGGAUUAGUACUGGAAGCGGGGAUAACGGAUGACACGGUGGAGAUGGCACAUGAUAUCCUCGAUGAUGCGGUCAACCCGCAGGAAGCAGAGGCGCUGCUGGAGGCGUUUCCCAAUGCCAAUCGGGAUGGAGAGUGAUGCGAUGUCUGAGGCCGAGUUCGAAGCGUAAUGUGUAACGACUAAUGAGAACUGCAUGUCAAAGGAUAUUAUACACACAGCACGCGUAUCAAUCACCGAAGUCUGCUUAGAUAGACAGCCCGG